ACCCUAUCUAGGCAGUCUAGAGCUUAGUUCCUUACACUAUUUCCGCCAAGCCGACAAGCCGAAUACCCGAUUCCAAUCGCUGAAGUCCGGGGCUGUGCCAUCGCGUCAUGUCAUCGGCCCAGGCUCAACUUCCCAUGCAUCUCACCAAUAACCCAGCUAACAAUCCAACCUCUCUCGACGGAGCAGGCUUUGCAAACGCUGCUGGACCUACGCAUCACCGCUCGCCAUCCGCGAGUUACUUUCCCUAUCCGGCACAAGACAUGGCCGUGGAAGAUCAGACCCUGUCCAACACGAUGGCUAACGCCCACAUUGCGUCGUCUGUACCUACUGAUAACCACCAAUAUCCGAGUCGCCAGCCUAGAUUCAACGAAGAAUGGGACUCAAGCGUGAGAGGGAGCUCCGUCAUCGAUGGCCCUUCUGCCCUCCAUCACCAGCGACUACAGCAACAACAACGACAGCGGUCACAGAGUCCUAAUGUACAUCGGGCGAAUUCAAUCUCUUCGCGAUCCGAGAUGAUUACUGGCGACAGCGCAAGCACUCACGGCAUCUCCUUGUCCAGAGGAAACACCCUUAAGAAGAAGAACUCAAUGCGACGUAGCGCCAGUCUGAAGCGAAGCGGCAGCCGCAGAAGCAUGAAGGCAGGGAGUGUACGGAGCUUGGCCCUUCAGAGCUCGCAUGAGCCAGAUGAGAUACACAGCGUCUUUUACUGUCCGGUUCCAACCUCAGGCGCCCCCACCGAACUUUUAGCCCAGCGAUUUCAAGAUUGGCGAAAAAUCCUCAAGGACCUCAUUGCAUAUUUCAGAGAGAUCCAAAACCACUAUGAGCAUCGUUCAAAAUCACUGUUAAAACUUGCCAAUGUCUGCAAUAACAUCUCCACACCACCUGGAUUCCUAGGCUCCGGUGGUUUAGAUGAGGCUUUGCAAACUCUUAGGGGCUACCAUAAGACAGCCAUUAUUGAGGCAAACAAGGCCAAAGAAAUUGAGGGGGAUGUCAUACUAGCAUUGACCGGAUUGCGGAGUGACCUGAACCUUAAGAUGAAAGAGAUUAAGGGCCUGUCAGGUGAUUUUAAGAAUUCCGUCGAAAAGGAAAUGGAAGGGACGAGGAGAGCCGUUAACGCCCUUCAAGAAAUUCUGGGCCAAAGUGAAGUUGACCCUUCGAUAACAACUGGAAAGCAAGAUCCUUAUCUCUUGAGGCUGGCUGUCGAUAGACAAGUAGAGCGACAACUAGACGAAGAAAAUUACUUGCAUCAGGCUUAUCUAAAUCUGGAGGCAUCAGGGCGGGAAUUGGAAUCUAUCGUCGUUAGCGAGAUUCAAAAAUCAUACAAUGCGUACGCCGGUAUCCUUAAGCGAGAAGCGGACGCCGGUUACAACACCAUUGACGAACUUCGGUCUGGGCCCAUCUCCAUGCCCAAGGAUCGUGAAUGGGUCAGCUUUAUUCAGAGGGAUUCUCAAUUUGUCGAUCCCGAGAUUCCAAUAAGGACUCCAGAGCAUAUUCAUUACCCAGGACAGGACCAUUUUGCCUGCCAAGAGAUUCGAGCUGGUUUGCUUGAGAGAAAGAGCAAGUAUCUGAAGAGCUACACAGCAGGGUGGUAUGUACUUUCGCCGACCCAUCUCCACGAGUUCAAAUCUGCAGACAAGACAGGAGCGCCAGUUAUGUCACUCUAUCUUCCAGAACAGAAGCUUGGUUCUCAUUCGACGGAGGGCGGAUCUUCCAGCAAAUUUAUUCUCAAAGGGAGACAAACCGGAACAAUGCAUCGCGGACAUACAUGGGUUUUCCGGGCUGAGAGUCACGACACCAUGAUGGCUUGGUACGAAGAUAUCAAGGCGCUUACAGAAAAAUCCCCCGAGGAAGUUAGCAGCUUCGUCCGGGGUCAUGCUCGCACGUAUUCACGCUCCUCCCAACGUAGCGUCAGCAGCGACGGCGUGGUCGAUGAAGAAGACGACAUACCUUUUUCGGCGGAUCCCUCAGUCACUGUGCCAAGUUCGCGCCAGGACUCAUUCCAGGGUAAAUCCCAUACAGGUGGGCGAUUCCCAUCCGAACUCCAGGUCAAUGCACAACGGGGCUUACUCGUGCCGUCAUCCCCCACCAGUUCAGGUGCCGAGCUUGUAGAUAACGAGACAAGCACGAGGGGAGCUCCGGCGAACGGUGCCAACCCGGACCGCGACGUAAUCGCAGCCGCUGGGUCACUCCCUGGAAGUGGAAUUGGUGAUAAUUAUCCCAAUCACUAUCAUCAGCAGCCCAUCGGUCAAUCAUAUGGGAACACUUCAAGCAUGAGGAUUGAUCAAGCUCCAAGCCACGCCGCUGUUGUCGAUUACGCUGCGAGAGAAGACGGCGUGAAUCCUUACAGUGGCCAACCGGUUGGGCUGCAAAGAUACAAUUCGGGCCGGUCAGCGCAAGCCCCAAUUGUCGUGACGGGUCCUAUUCCCAUCAGUCUACCUCAGACGUCAGGGACAAGUAUCACGAGCCUCAGCGAGAAUUCUAGCUUGGCGAGUUCAUAUAGCGCCCAGCCUCAUUCGCUUGCCGAUCGAUCUAGUAUAGCCAAGGACGAGCGGUAUCAGCCGAGUAUAUUAAACGGCUCGCUAAAGCCGGCCCCACGAGGUGCUAGCGGUGAGACCUUCGGGCUGCUGAACGGUCAAACUCGACCAGGUAAUGAACGGAAUAAUAGUAUACCGCAUGUACCUGGUGAAUACCCCCGAGGUACUCCAGCUUGAAUACGGCUAGCCUGAUCAAACGCCUAUUCGAAUAUGAAAACGACUGUCAUUGUGAUCAAGAUUAUCUCAAUACCUUGUAGAACCAGUGGGGUUGGUGUCUCCAUUCGACGAUCAAAACAGUCAUAUGAUUGCGAGAAAUUGAAGCUUGCGGUGUGCGAGGUUGGCAAAACAGCCAUGUGUUGACUGUAAUACCAACAAAGUCAAAAGGUUCUUCUGUGCCAGUUGAA